UUGAAUCUAGGGAGAAGGGUUUAGGGUUCAAACGACGGUGGAGGGGAAUCGCCGGAGGUCGCCGAACGGGAUGGAAGUUCCGGUCGUAGGUGGUGGUGGUGGCGAUGUCGUCAAAUGGAUCGAGAUUUCUGUGCCUUCUCCUUCUUCAUCUUCUUCAAUUACUACUGUUUCGAAUGGGGACAAUGAAUGUGUUUUGCUUCCUUUGUCCGAAGAUUACGCCUCCAGCUCCGUCAUCGGGGAACCUCCGAUCUCUUUCGUUUGGAGAAUCCAUAAGAAGAACCCCAAUGUUCUGGAGCUUCUUCAGCUUUCUGCUCAGACAGAGUUCCCAGCUACUGGGUUGCGAUUCGUUUUUGUUCAUGCUCUCUCUCCUUUUGCUCUCGUAUCCGCUGACUCGGGUAGUGACAGUGGUCGUCUCGUCUUCUUUCUUUAUGCUGUAACAUCGUAUGGAGUUGUCUACGUCCUGGAACUCUCCAAUGUUUUCGCUUACACGUCAUCUUCUGUCUUCCCGCGUGAUCAAAUGGUUCACUUGGAUGUUCGGCCCCACUUAGACCAAGCUCGUGUUACCAGUGUCGCUGCUUCAUCUGGCUUCCUUUUUCUUGGGAUGUCCGAUGGUAGUGUCUCCUGUUUCCGACCCGCCAUGUCUCUUCAAAACCCUUCUGGUUUCCACCAGGAGCUGCGUGAAGAUGCAGGACUUGGUCGUCUAUGGGGCUUGGUAUCAAGGGGGAAAACAGUUGGGGCUGUGCAAGAUUUAUUUAUAUCAGAUGUUCAUGGGAGAAAAUUUGUAUUUGCGCUUCAUGUUGACGGAACAAUACGUGUCUGGGAUCUCUCAACUUAUAGUAGGGUUUUGUGUCACAGUAUUGCUGCUUCAAAACUUGAUGGAGUUGCGUAUUUCAGGUUAUGGCUGGGCAAAGCUGACUAUGAUUCUGGCAUUAUUCCGUUAGCUGUCUUGUAUAGAAAGAGAACGGAUGUCAGCUUGGAUAUAAUCAGUGUGUACCACCUGCACUCCAGCCCUGGGGAUAGGAUAACCUUGUCUUUAGAUCCUGGGUUGCAGAAUAUUUCAUUGGAAGAGGGUGAAGCUCGGGAUGUCAAACUUUCAUCUAACCAGAUCUGGAUUCUAAAGAGGAAUGAACUGUCAUCUUAUAUGUUACAGAAAACUAGCACCGUGGAAGCACAUUCUUACACAUUGCAGGAAGAGUUCAUCUCUGACCAGCUAUUUCUGGGUUCUAAGUGCUGUUUACAUGAUCUUCUUUUGACAACAAAUUCACUAUUUUCAUCUGCAAAGGACCAAAUUAUGGCAUUCAUAUCACCAAUCUUCCUGCGCAGGCUUCUUUGUCCUGGAGUUUUUCAUAAUGUUGCCUUGCGUUUAACUUUACUGGACUACAAUAAGCACUGGACUGAUUCUGAGUUUCAAUCUUUAAGUGUUGAUGAGCUCAGAAGCGAAAUCCUUUUGCUAGUUGAGCACGAGGUUACUGCUGAAAGUUCUAUAUCUGUGUUUCACUGGUGGAAUAACUUUUGUAUACGAUACCUACAUCAUUGGCGCAACAACAAUGAAGCUCAGGCUUUGCUCUUUCAAUCAGAUGUUAUUGGUUUAAUCCGGAAAAGUUCUGUGUCACUGUUUUGUGGAUUUGAGAACAUUGAGCUCAGUAUUGGAGGAUUUAUGUCUGGAGACAACAACCUAGCAAGCUUGGGCCUUGGCAUGUCUGACAGUGAAAAUGAGGUUCUUGCGGAGGUACUAGGAUGUACCGCUAAGAUUAGUAAACGAUGGGGUGGAGCCCUGUAUGCCAUAUAUUAUGAAUCAUUUACCGGAAAGCCGAUUAUCUCGUCUGAUGAAAUUGUUCCUCGCUUAGUGAAAAUUCUAGAAUCCGGCUAUGCUUUGUCAAUAGGUCAGCAUACUUGGGUGGAUCUUGGUGCAGAUAAAGGUUGGGAAAAGGAGCUGGAAGCCCAUAAAAAUCUGAGAAUGUUUUCCAUUGACAUGUUAUUAUCUCUCUCUGCUCUGUGCCAAAGGGCUGGAUCUUGGGAAAAAGUUUUUAACAUCACAGAGCGCUAUUUACAGUAUCUGGUCCCAAAGAAAUUUAUGCAGAGUGACGAUGGUGGAGCAUUGUCUGAUAUCUAUAGUUCUAUCCUCGUCCAAGCUACUUCUCAGUUUGUGAAAGCUAUGUUCGAGUCUGCACUCGACAUCCUCCUAUUCGUCAACUAUCUGCUUAACAUCUCUGGGCAGAUUAAUAUGUCACAGGAAGACAUAUGCAAGCUACGGCUUGAGCUGCUUCCACUGAUCCAAGAUAUUAUCUCAGAGUGGCUUAUCAUUCUUUUCUUUGUCACUACUCCAGCUGAGUCAACUUCAAUCGAAGAUUUCAGCUCUAAACUCUCAUUGCUACAGAUUGACAGCAAUGUUGACCAAAGAUCAUGGAAUGCAAUGAUUGGGAAAUGUGGUUUCUCAUUAGCAUUUAUUCUUCUUGGUAGCCGGAGUUGCAUUCUAGAUAACCGUUUUGACUUAACAUCUCUUCCAAGUCCGCAAAUAAUUAUUAGCUUGGUGCAAAACUUUGUUAGCUGGAUUCGUUAUAGCAAAACCGGAGGUCACUCUUAUUCACUGCUAAGACGUUCAAUCGAGCUUGCUCUUAUGUUGAUCACAAAUGGACAGUCUGACGCUGUUGAGUGCAUCCUUGCGGUUGUGGAAGCCAAUUUACGCGGGGAAAAGUUUUUUGGAACUAAUCAAUGUACUAGUGAAGAUUGGUGUCUUCUGCAACAUCUCCGUGGAUGUUGCCUCCUUGACCAAGUACGUGGAGCAAGCGGAAUAUUAAGAGAGCGGAACAUUUGUGAAGCCAUUCGCUGUUUCUUCAGAGCUUCAUCAGGUGAAGGAGCAUCCAAGGCUUUGCACCGCUUGUCUGCAGAAGCAGGAUUUUCUCAUUUCAGAACUCGUGCAUAUGUUCCAAGUGGUGCUAUGUCAUCUGAAACAUGGAAACUUCAUUACUAUGAGUGGGCUAUGCAACUUUUUGAGCAGUACAAUAUAAGUGAAGGAGCAUGUCAGUUUGCUUUUGCUGCCCUUGAGCAAGUUGACGAGGCUCUUAAUCUGAGAGAGAGUCAUGAGAACGAGUCCCUCAUUGAAUCAAGCACUGCCACUAGAGGACGACUGUGGGCAAAUGUUUUUAAGUUCACCUUAGAUCUGAAUCUCUUGAAUGAUGCUUACUGUGCCAUAAUUUCGAAUCCUGAUGAGGAGAUCAAGCGCAUCUGCCUGAGGCGCUUCAUAAUAGUUCUGUUUGAAUGUGGUAGAACAAAGAUUCUCAGUGAUGGUCAUUUACCUUUCAUUGGCUUAGCUGAGAAGAUUACACAAGAGCUUGCUUGGAAGGCUGAGCGUUCAGAUAUAAUGACUAAACCAAAUCCAUACAAACUGCUUUAUGCUUUUGAAAUGCAACGACACAAUUGGCGAAAGGCAGCAAGUUACAUGUAUCAGUUUUCCGCUCGUUUAAGAAGCGAGGCAGCAUUUAAGGAUCACAAACACUCGUCCCUGCUCUUUCAAGAGAGGCUUAAUGGGCUUUCUGCCGCUCUUAAUGCAUUAUGUCUUGUUCAUCCUGCCUAUUCUUGGAUUGAUCCACUGCCCGAAGAAGCGUUACAUCAUAACAUCUCUUAUCCAGCUAAAAAGUCUAGAAUAGCAGAGGAAGAUCAUUUGCGGAAUGCUGAUCAGCCUAAGAGGGAGAAAAAUUGCAUUGAUAUGGAGAAACUUCAAAACGAAUUUGUUUUGACUUCAGCAGAAUAUCUGCUUUCACUUAAAAGUAUCAGUUUGACCUAUUCAGGAUUCGAAAAGCCGCCAUCAGACUUGAUUGACCUUCUUGUCCAGGCAAACCUACAUGACAUGGCAUUUACUGUCGUUUUAAAAUUCUGGAGAGGUUCAACAUUGAAGAGGGAGCUUGAAAAGAUAUUUGAGAAUAUGGCAAUCAAAUGUUGUCCCAGUAAAGCUGGAACAUUGUGGAUAGCAAAUGAUGUCAGGAAUAAUCUUCUGUUUACGUCUUCGGAUGAAGAAAUAAUUCAUGGUACGCCUGAUAGAAUUACUGCUGCUCAGGAAUCGAGUUCGAGGCUGGCUGGUGAUUGGGAGAUUCUUGAGUUUUAUCUUAACAGGUACAAAGAUGUUCAUGCUAGACUACCGGUAACUGUUGCUGCGACCCUUCUUCGAGCAGAUCCUUGUAUCGAACUGCCUUUUUGGCUGAUUCAAAUGUUCAAGGAGGGCCAGAAGGAAAAGGCUUUGGGAAUGGCUGGGCAAGAAGCAAGUCCGUCUUCUUUAUUUCAAUUAUAUGUUGACAAUGGGCGUCUUAUGGAAGGCACUAAUCUGCUGCUGGAGUACAUGGAGUUAUUCGCAUCAGCGAAACCAGCAGAUGUACUGAAGAGGAAAAAGGUGUCUGGGGUGUGGUUUCCUUACACAGCAAUAGAGAGACUAUGGUGCCAAAUAGAGAGGACGAUAAGCUCAGGACGGAUGGCGGAGCAGUGCCAGAAGCUGAAGGACCAACUCCGUCAAGCAUUGCUGAAACACUUACAGCUGCUGAAGGUGGACUCAGACGAUGCAGUAUCUUGUGCAGCUGGUUAAAGCAAAGCAUUCGAACCAUUCUGUAUGACCAAGGCUGACAAAACAUGUGUUGUUUAUCUACUUAUGCGUAUGGAAGUUUUGAUAAGGUUAGUCAUGUAGAUAUUGCGAUGACACACUUGUAUGCACACAUGCUUUAUGAACCUAUGGACCAUUUAUUAUUAUUAUUGUUGUUGUUGUUGUU